AAUGCAAAAUAACCUAAAAGACCUCUGAAACAAUUUAAAAAAUGCGAUUUUCAAUAAUAUUUCGUAUCCCCAAAGCUGUAUUAACAUCGCAAAUUACACGUAAUUACUCAGAAUAUGCCCCAAAAGCUUUAAGAAGCUUAAAACCCAAGUCUACACGUAACAAUUUGCAGUUUUAUGUUGAUUCGUGCAGAGUUAGGGCUGUUGCUGGGAACGGGGGCGAUGGUUGUGUUUCCUUCCUCAGUGUGUGGUGCAAGGAGCAGGCGGGACCCGAUGGCGGGGACGGGGGACACGGUGGACAUGUAAUUUUUCGGGCCACUCACUCCAAGAAGAGCUUGAACCACUGCCACUCUGUGAUCCAAGCGAAGCACGGUGAGCGAGGCACCCACAAAGACUGCACUGGCAAGAAUGCUGAUCAUAUUGUUGUGGAUGUGCCUUUAGGUACGAUAGUAAAGGACGGCUCGGGGCGAGUGGUGGGCGACCUGCAGGGGGAAGGCACGAUGUUCGUGGCGGCGCGCGGGGGCGCGGGCGGCCGAGGAAAUAAGUUCUUCCUCACUGACACUGAGCAGGAACCAAUGGUGGCAGAGUACGGCGCAGUGGGCGAGAGUAACCACUACACGUUGGAAGUGCGCUCAAUGGCUCACCUGGGGCUCAUAGGGUUCCCCAACGCUGGGAAGAGCACCCUGUUGAGGGCUAUCACUCGCGCGCGGCCUACAGUGGCGCCCUAUCCCUUCACCACGCUGAGGCCGCAUAUAGGUAUGGUUCCGUAUGACGACUACGAACAGGUCGCUAUUGCAGAUUUGCCGGGUUUGAUUCCCGGCUCACACAAAAACUAUGGGUUAGGCAUCCAAUUCCUGCAACACGCAGAAAGGUGUAGGGGUCUGAUAUUUCUUCUAGAUGGCACAAACGACCCCCUAAAGCAAUACAAGACCCUAAACCACGAGCUAAAGCAAUACAGCGCACAGUUAGUGCAAAGACCCCGCUGUGUGGUGCUCAACAAGAUGGACGUGCCGCGAGUUGCGGAGAUAUACCGGAACAUAUCAACACACAUACGAACUAAGUCUGUUGGGGAAACGGCGGUUAUCGGCAUUUCCGCCAAAACUGGACACAAUAUCAGCGAAUUAUUGAGGGUUAUACGACAAAUGUAUGAUGAAGGUGAAGAUAGUGAUAAAUAAAUUAUUAUAAUUAGGUGUGUUUUGUACUGAAUCCCCACCGCUAACCUCUUGUUAAGUAACAUAUACAAAUGUACGAAGGUGGAACGUGUUUGUGCGACCGCGCUAUUGGUUCGUCAUUAAACCCUUGUAAUGUUGGCAGAAAGCUAUCUACUAGUGAACACUAGUGUUUCGUACUGAACUAAAAGAAAGAUGACUGAUAAACCAAUAACUCAACAGAAAACGCCCCUGCUGUCAUACACUUUGUAUCACUAAAUUGAUCGAUAAUCACCCGCUGCGCAGGUUCAAUAUCUUUGGUGUAGCUAGGUCUAAGAAGGGUUAAUACUAACCUGUCCUCCCUCUUAGGUUGACAUUUAUAGAGUGCACAUUGACUAUGCCUAGGCUCAAGACGCUGAUAAAACGAGACAGCGAUAUACUGCUGACAUAAAACCAUCUCGUUUUAAUUGAGGCCUAAAUCUGAGCAAAAUCAAAGUUCGCUCUAAAGAUGUUGGCCUGAAUCUCAAUUUAAAAAAAUGUGAUGGAGUAAUUUACGUACUCCACUCACAAGCCUUGUCCCUACGUCGUAAUUCCUGAUUUUUGAGGGUCGGAACCCUUCCCAAUGAUCAUAUAAUGCCCCACCAUUGUUUCCAUCAUGCUUCAAGAUAAUUCGUCAUGUAAUAAGAAAAUACUUAAAUAUUAAGUAGGUACUAGUUAAGUAGAAAAAAAAAUGAAAAAUAAUUUGUA